CGCUCUCACUAUUGCUCUCUCUGUCUCUCUCUCUCUCUCUCUAUCUGUCCCCACCCCAGUCAUCUGUGCCAUUUUCCCCCAAUCCGACACUUAAUUGAGCAACCGGGACACCUCACGUGCAGGACUGAUUUGUAGUUUGAACACGUGGCUCAUUGAAAAAGGCAGAAGAACUUAGUUUUUUUGUUGUUGUUGUUUCCCGUUCUCUCGAUUUUAUUAAGAGGCGGUGCCUACACAAAUGAGUGUGACAAUUUAGUAGCAUCGCCAAAGAAUAAAGAAACUUUCUCUAUUUUCUUCCCGGCCCUUGCCUCGCAGAGGUGACGGAAUAAAUAAUUCAGCACGUUUAAAUCAAGAGCAAACGCGAGUGCGCACAACCACGGCGGCGAUCUCGUCCAUCAAAUAUCUCAGUAGCUUGGAGUGAUUGGGAGAACACUCCCAGACCCUCCGCUGAGCGACAGUGCGGUUCUCUCUCUCUCUCUCUCCAAACACUGCCCAUCCGAACGACGCGAUAAAGGGCUGCCCCUCUGCAACACGGUCGCCCUUUUUCGUAUACAACAAAAUGAAUAAGCUCUACAUCGGGAACGUGAGCGAGCAGGCGAGCUCGCUGGACUUGGAAAGUAUCUUUGAGCAGUGGAAGAUAGCUUUCAGUGCACCCUUUCUCGUAAAAAGUGGCUACGCGUUUGUGGAUUGCCCCGACGAAAAGGUAGCUAUGAGGGCCAUUGACACUCUUUCAGGCAAAGUAGAACUCCACGGAAAAGUCUUAGAAGUGGAGCACUCUGUCCCUAAACGACAAAGGAGCUGCAAGCUGCAGAUCAGGAAUAUCCCACCUCACAUGCAGUGGGAAGUUUUGGACGGGUUGUUAGCGCAGUACGGCACAGUGGAGAGCUGUGAACAAGUCAACACUGACACGGAGACCGCUGUUGUUAACGUGCGAUAUGCUGCUAAGGACCAAGCCAGAGAAGCAUUGGAUAAAUUAAGUGGCUUCCUUAUGGAGAACUACGCACUAAAGGUUUCCUAUAUCCCAGAUGAAACGGCUGCAGCAGAUGCCCCUGCCGUGGGUGGCAGGAGAGGUUUCAACUCACGCGGACCGCCUCGCCAAGGCUCUCCCAAUCUGGGCGCAAGACCUAAACUACAGUCAGACGUGCCUCUACGCAUGUUGGUGCCCACCCAGUUUGUAGGAGCUAUUAUUGGCAAAGAAGGUGCUACCAUCCGCAACAUAACCAAGCAGACUCAUUCAAAGAUUGAUAUCCAUCGUAAGGAGAAUGCAGGGGCCGCGGAGAAGCCCAUCACUGUUCACUCCACACCAGAGGGCUGCAGUUCUGCCUGUCGAAACAUCAUGGAGAUCAUGCAGAAAGAGGCAAUCGACACUAAGAUCACUGAAGAAAUCCCUCUGAAGAUUCUGGCUCAUAAUAACUUCGUUGGCCGCCUGAUUGGAAAAGAGGGACGCAACUUGAAGAAAAUCGAACAAGAUACUGACACAAAGAUCACAAUCUCACCUCUGCAGGAUCUGACGUUGUAUAACCCAGAGCGCACCAUCACUGUAAAGGGCACAUUAGAGGCUUGUGCAAAAGCAGAAGAAGAAAUCAUGAAGAAAAUCCGUGAGUCCUACGAGAACGAUGUAGCUGCUAUGCAUCUACAGUCUAACCUGAUUCCAGGGCUCAAUCUGAACGCGUUGGGUAUUUUUCCCGGUGCAGCGAGUGGAGGGAUGUCACCCUCUGUUCUAUCAGGACCUCCAGCUGGGGCUCAAUCAUUUGGGCAGCCACAGGUGGAGUCGGAAACCGUGCACCUCUUCAUUCCUGCUCUGGCAGUUGGUGCUAUUAUCGGCAAGCAGGGCCAGCACAUUAAACAGCUCAGCCGCUUUGCUGGUGCAUCAAUCAAAAUUGCACCUGCUGAUGAAAUUGACACCAAGCAAAGAAUGGUCAUUAUUACUGGACCACCAGAGGCACAGUUCAAGGCUCAGGGACGUAUCUUCGGGAAGUUAAAAGAGGAAAACUUCUUUGGUCCGAAGGAGGAGGUUAAAUUAGAGGCUCACAUAAAAGUGCCAUCAUUCGCCGCUGGCAGAGUCAUUGGCAAAGGAGGCAAAACGGUGAAUGAACUACAGAACUUGACCAGUGCAGAGGUGGUUGUCCCGCGGGACCAGACGCCUGAUGAAAAUGACCAAGUAGUAGUAAAAAUCACAGGCCACUUCUAUGCAAGCCAGCUGGCCCAGAGGAAGAUCCAGGAGAUUAUCUCUCAGGUGAGGCGGCAGCAGCAGCCCAAGCCCUCGGCCACAGGUCCACCAGUCGCCCGGAGGAAAUAGAGCCACUGCGUCUUCUC